CAUCGCCUCAACCUAGUUUCCUCAAUAAGACAUUUCAGCAAAACAGUGAGGCAGAAGCCACACACAGCGCUUUCCCUGGAAAGAGAGAUGUGUUUAAGUCUGAUCUGUUGUGGGUGGAUGCUGUUGUUUUCCGUUUUUGUGUUUGGCAAUGUGGCAGUGAAUCACACUACAACUUUAUUUGUCAAUCAUGGAGAGUCUGCCAAAAUCAGAUGCAACUACAGCCGAACAGAUGACACAGAAAUCAUGACAGUGGAUUUACAAGCAUUAAAUCAUGCACGCAUGUGUUCAUACAUACAUUUGAAUUCAUGGCAAAAACAAAGUUGUAAAGAUCACAUCAGAUUCAUAUGGAUUCCAGAGGCUGAGGAAAUAUCAUUUGAGCUAUUAAAUCUCCGUAUUAAGGAUACCGGCAUAUACAUCUGUACUGUGAGGAGGACUGCAAAACCACCUCAAGUGGAUCUGGGCGUAGAAAGAGUUCAAGUUAUUGUGUAUCCCGCCUUGUCUCUGUCCUGUGUGAAGAGGCCUGAUGGAUCUCCCAUGAUUCUGUGCUCUGUGGAAUUUUACCACGAUUCACUUGAACAGUUGUGGAUCAGAGACGGAGACGUCCUCAACAGCUCAUACUCAAACAAAUCAUUCAAUGGAUCCUUUAGUCAGCAAUCAUACCUUAUAAUACCACCACAAACCUUCAAUGAUACAAUCUACUCUUGCUGGGUAAACCACUCGUCCUUAAACAAACCACUCGUGGCCAAUUUAUCAAGUUCUGUCUGUUACGAAACUGGGGGUGUAACUGUGACAGUAGUGUUUGUCCUGUUGACAGUGGUGUUGACUGUCUUUUUGAUCACUCCAGUCAUACAUAAACAUUACAAAAGAGCACGUCAGCAGUCUGUGUCUCAUGUAGGAAUGAGUUUCACACCUGAGCCUGUCCUCCAUGAUCACCUGCAGUCUGAGAUGCUGUACUCAACACUGGGUGACCAUCAUCCAGUCCUAUGCAGCCCUGCUGUUGCCCGAUCAUUUGAACAAUAAACACUGAAU